GGAAGGCUCAUUGAAACAGAGCAUAGAUUCCCAAGUUCAAGCGCUGUCAACAGUCCACUGAAACACGCAACCUCCGCGCUGACUUUGAAGUCAUAUCUGGAUAACAAACUCAAUUCACGCAUUUGUCACGCAUCACUUAACAUAGGCUUAUGCAACCUUCUGGAUUCAAGACGACAUCAUUUCAAUCAUUUAAGUCUGCACCACCAUCAUCAACAGCGGCAAGAGUCCGACCAAAGUGUCUCUCCACCGGCUACACAGACAUCGGUGGAAGCUGAGACAGCGGAACAGAUUUCAGAUCCGCAGCGACUGGACACUCGUUUGAGCAGCAAGUCCCAGGACAUCCGUGACAUGGCUGCGGUCAAGACAGAGCGGUUUCUUUCCAGUCUGCAAAUAUCCGACCCUCUUGGCGGCUUUGCGCCUCCUCACUCGCCGCUGGACAGCUAUCAGAAGCUGGAGGAGCUUCACCUGUUGCUCCAGAGCGCUGCAGCAGGGAACUCUUUCCUGACCGCCUCUACUGACGGACUGGGCUUUCUGACCGGGGAGAGCGGAGACGUGGAUCGUCCUUGUGGAGACAGCCUCCUCGAGCUUUCGGCCUGCUGUGAGGAAUCCAAGAUAAUCUCAGAGCUCCUGGGUAUCCCCUCAUUCCCAGCCCGUCUGCCGCCGCUGGCCUACAGCGGCCGCUUCACCCUGGAGCCCUCCUCGGCUCCCGGCUCCACCUGCGGCCCCACCAGCACCACCCACGGCGGAGGCAACAUCUGGCCCGAGUCCCUCCUCAGCCUGGUCACCGGGCUGGUCAGCCUAGCCACUCCCCCCCCCUCCUCCUCCUCCUCAUCCGGAGCCUGCGAGCUGUCCUCCUCCUCCUCCUCCUCCUCUUCGUCCGUGUCUUCCUCCUCCCCGCACACGUUGCACCCGGAGUCCGUGGGCAUGGACCACUCCAUGGCGUUCCCCUCCCAGACAUUCUCUCACCCGUCGGUCCAAUCUUCGUGUGCUCCCCUCGCCUACCACAACCCGAGCCCCGCCCCCAGGCACGCCGCCCCGGCGCCCCCCUCCAUGAUGCAGAUGAUCCCAGACUAUCGCCUCUCCCACCACCACCCCCACCAGCAGCUGCAGCAGCAGCAGCCAGGGUCCGGUCUCGGCCUGCUCCCCCAGGACCAGAAGCCCGUCCUGGGCCAGGUGCACGACCUCUCCGUCUUCAACGUCCAGCCGCAGCACCAGCAACCUCCCCUCACCCCCCUGUUCACCAUCAAGGCCUUCUCCAGCGGCCAGCCCCAGCCCCAGACCCAACAGCACCAGUCCAUGGACAUCCCCCUGGGCCACGGCCUCACCGGGGCCCCCGGGGGCCCGCGGGGCAAACCCGUCCCGCUCCGGAAGCACCCGCUGGGCCGGCAGUACAAGAAGACCCCCAGCGAGCGGCCCUACGCCUGCCCGGCCGAGGGCUGCGAGCGCCGCUUCUCGCGCUCGGACGAGCUGACCCGCCACGUGCGCGUGCACACGGGCCAGAAGCCCUUCCAGUGCCGCAUCUGCAUGCGGAGCUUCAGCCGCAGCGACCACCUGACCACGCACAUCCGCACGCACACCGGCGAGAAGCCCUUCGCCUGCGCCCACUGCGGACGCAAGUUCGCCCGCAGCGACGAGUGCAAGCGCCACGGCAAGAUCCACCUGAGGCAGCGCGACCGCAAGAUGGCGCCCGAGGCGGCGGCGGCGGCCUUCAGCUCUGCCUCCCCUUCCUCCUCCUCGCCUCGCCCGCCCUGCAGCGACCCCGGCGCCACGUCCGAGUACUGCUCCUCCCCGUCCAGCCCCUCCCUCUCCUCUUCCUCCUCCUCCUCCUGCGGCUCCCUCUCCUCCCCCACAGGGGCCUUGUUCUACCCCCCCUCCUCCGUCUACGGACAGGGGCCCUCCUCCUCCUCCUCCUCCCCGGGCCUGAGCCCCCACUGGGAGCACGUGAGCAGACGCUCCUCGCCGCACGGCUCUGACGUCUGCUGAGGGCGGGAGAGAGACAGACAGAGAGACAGACAGACCCACCAACCAGGAGGCCGACGUGGCGGUUCCGUCCGGAUGUGAUGCGGUCACACCAGACCGGUGCUGUCGGACAAACUCAAAAGACUUUGAUCCAAAGUAUUUUUUACUUUUUUUUUUUAUUUCCUCCAAAUACCAGCCGCGAUGACCAAGAGAGGUUUAACAUGCUCUGUAAGACCAAUCACGUUACGAUAGUUACAAUGCCAAGUGUGCGCUUGAUCAAAUGUUUUCUAUGUCCUGUGCCUUUAGCAAUAAUGCUUGACGAUGGUUUGUAUUGAGAACGUGCACAAAGAUUGUAUUUCUGUAACAAAAAUAGGAUUAUAUAUUUUUUAUUGUACAUGUAAAUAGUGUAUACCUGUAUAGUGUACUUGUAUAACAGUAAUGGGAAUGUUGUGUUGGUACCUACUGAGUAGGUAUUUCAAUUAUGGUGAAGUUUAUAUGCAGUUCAUAUUUGAAUUGAUUGCAUACUGCCUUAUAGUGCCUUAUUUUUUGUAUCUGUAUGGCUAUUUGAAAGCACUUUUCUGCCAAAGAAGAAAAACCACUACAUAAUAUGCCCCAUUAAAUAGGGUGUUGAAAGUAAAUAAACAAAAAAAUGAACACAA